GCAGCGAAUCAUCUGCCAGUGCCGUCCCAGCGACGAUCUCUUCUGCAUCAUCCUUUCUUUCAUUAGCACGCAAAGACUUAUAGCUUUAUGUGCUAGAAUCUCGGCCGAGGCGCAUGGCCACGGCGAGUCUUAGUUCCUUACCUGUCACUUCAAGACGCAUCGGAGGGAACCAGAAGUCUCAUCUCGACGAGCAUACGAAGCACAUACACACGUGCACAUAGCAUUUCAAAAUCCCAGACCUUACCUUUGCUUCAGCUUUAAAACGCCGAAUACAGGCUGAAACAACGCAUUAAUGUCUUAAAAUCAUUCACGCGAGGCGCCUGGAGUGUAAUGCGCUCCAAAUCAUUAUGCGGGCGGUGGCUAAGAAGUCCUCCAAGAAAUUACAGUUAGCUCUCGGCGUCUGACGUCUCGACAUAUCAACCCGAGCAUCCCACCCACUCAAUUCAGCGAAGCUGUUUCACUAUCCACUCAAGGGCCUCUUCCCUGCCACCUACGAGUACAAAUAAGGUCGUUUCAAUCAAAAGCUGCACCGAUGAGUGGCAAACCGCGAGAUCAUCCCCGUAAGAUAGAUCCGCCCUUCCUCCCAAAGCUUAUAUUUGUGGUGGGCACACGACAGCAAUCCCCGGACAGACACACUGCACCCCCAGAUCAGCUCAUCCUUCUUAUAGGCCCACGAACAACGUUUAAAGAUGACAACUUGCCUGCGGACAAGCCGCCUGGAAGUGCAGAAGACGCAGGAAGUCGAAGAAAGUCGGAACGCCGCAAUACUCAUAUGCUUAAAGUAUAUUACCAAUAUAUUUGUGAAAAGCCAUGUACACUUCAGAGCCCAUUUGCUGGUCCUUUGUGCCUUCCCUUUGUGAAUCCGGAAAUCAAGCACACAGGGACACCGCAAGAAAAUGAGCUCUCAAUCCCGAGAGAUCCUUGA